UCGCGGCUGGCCAUGGCAACCUCGCAGCAGGCCAUGACGACCUCGGCCUCGCAGCAGCCCGUGAAGGGGAUCCUGAAGAACAAGAGCUCUCUCGCUUGCUCCCUGGUGCCCUCGGCGAUGCAGGACCCGCGGCACAAGAGCAGCGACGUGCUGAGUAAAAAAUCCCAGAGGUGGGAUGAAAUGAACAUCCUGGCGACCUAUUAUAUAGAAGACGAGGACAUAAUUAAAGUAGACGGGCCAAGCACUCCAGACAAUAGCAUAGAUAGUGACGACGAAGAUGUAUUCGCUUCGGAAAACUUUGAAGCCCUGAACCCAGACAUGUUAGCUAGGAAAUUAGCUGCCGCUAAAGGCUCCAAGCCGAAGUAUUUGAUUCACGAACAAGAAAGCAGUGGAGAUGAAGACAGUGACCUCUCACCUGAAAGUAAAAAGUCUUUAUUGGCUACCUGCUGUUUAUUCUUUUUCAGGUGCUCUAUAGGAAAUGGGGAAGAAAAGCUUCAGAAAAGUACCAGAGCAGCUAAUGAAAAACAGCUAGAGUUUGAAAUAAAAAGGAAGCUUCAUGACAAUGAAGGACUUAGCCUUAAAUUAGCUAGGCAAUUAGUUUCAAAAGAACUAAGUGAGGUAGAUGAAGAAAUAUCGACGCCUACAACUGGAGAAAAUGUGAAUAUGGAACAAGCAAAUCAAACAUCUUUGGAUGACCAACAGAAAAAGCAAUCACCGAGUUCAUAGAAGAGAUUUGUUC